AGCAAAAUGGAAGUUUGAAGGCAUCUAAAUAUAUCUCCCUUCCUCUGCUUUUUAAAGACUAGGCCUACCCUUAAGUAGGUUUUAAACUACGAUAAAUUAAUGUUUUACCGCCGCCAAGGCUAACCUAGAUAUUUUUUGAAGUUGUUUCGUUAAACUCAAACCAUUGGCAUUAUAGAGCUCUCUAACGUUUAGCGUAUAAUAAGACAAAUAAUAUCAACAAAAGAGUUCAAGUUGUUUUCGUGAGAUGCUGUGUUCAGCAAAUUUUAUUCGAUUUCUUAAUGAUAAUAAAUACAUUAUUGGAAAUAUCAAUGAAGCGAUCAACAAUGAAAUCAAAUAUCACGUUACAACAAAGGUGUCGACCAGAAGGUAGACUGUUUCCUAGAAGAAAAGUUGCUACUAAAGCUUCGCUUCUUAAUGGCGUUGGUGAUUUUGACAUGGAGUUAUCGUUGGCUAUCAAAGAAAGUUUGAAGUAUGCCCAGCAAGAGAAACGAGAGGAAAUGAGAGAAAACGGUUUGUGUGUAUCGAGUGAUUCUAGUGAUUAUGAAAAUAAAAGGGAACCAGCGAUUUUCAGUAACGUAAAGGCCCAGACUCAACCAAAUUUUAACAAAGCAACCAAGUCAAAUUUCUCUGCUAUGGCUGCACCUUCAUCCGAUUCGGUCUCCCUAACUGAGGAAGUGGGUCGCUUGAAAGAUUUGGUUUUAAGCCAAGCGGAACUUAUUCAGUGUCAACAAGAAGAAAUGGCAAAAAAAGAUAAAGAAAUUAAAGCGCUGAUUUCAGCAAACGAUGCGCUACAAUGUCGCCUAGAACGGAUGGAAAGGCGAAUGUCAAUUUUAAAACACAAAGAAGAGUCACACGAAAUACAGGGAACCUUUUCUGAAGAAACUUCUCUUAAACCAACAGCCCCAUCACAUUCUUCAACUUUUAGGGGACAAAAUGAAAUAACAAAAAUAGAAUUCAAGAAGAAAAGAAGACACAAGCUACUUUUUUCCCAAAAAAAAGGACACAAGAAACCAAAAUACUUGCACUCCACAGUUGCAUUCAAAGAAAAAGAUGUCCAAGAAGACAGUGAAAUGGAUGAAAAUGAAGAGGGAGAUAAAUCUUCAAAUAUAGUAUCUGGUGAAGAUAAUGAGGAUAGUGAAAAUGAAACUGAUCAAUCAGAAAUUCCUAAAGGGGAAGAAGAAUGUAAAAACAAAGCAGAUAUUCCCCAGCAAGAAGAAAAAACUAUUGAUUAUCCUAUUAUGCUAACAGAGACACUUUAUCAUCUGUAUUAUCCAAAACAUGUUUGUUCUAGUCCUGAUGCUAAAAAAAUUCAUGAACAGUCAGAGGUAGAGACACCUUCAUGGAGGCUGAAACCCUUAACAAACAUGUAUCAAUUGGAGGGAACUGAGAAUAUUACUGAUGAAGCUUAUAAUAAAAGGCAUCAAAAGUUUGAAAUGGAAGAAAAAAGACGAAAGCGGUGGGAUCUUCAGAGGCUACGUGAACUGCGACUUUUUGAAAAGUUACAGAGACAAAGAGAAGACGCAAUAAGGGCGAGCCAGGAUGAAGUUGAUGUUGAAACCUUUUUGCCCUCUGUUCAUGACUUAAAGCACAUUGAAAUAACAGAAUCAAUACCAGUUAUGGCUUUUGGUCAACCAGUACCAUAUGUAUGUCCUGCAGAAUUUGAAAUUCCUUGGGAGAUUACAAGCUCAGGACCAAUGACUCCUAUUAAUCGAUUAAAAAUUAACAGUGUGCAUUCCAAAAAGCACUGACAUCUUAUCAUAUUUUAGCUUUCAUAUUUUAAUUAUCAUUGGACAGUUUAAGCUAAAAAACAAAUACCGUUCUGAACAACGUGUAAGAUCCUUCCAUUUUUUUUUCAGUAUACAAUUAAACCACAUGUGAAACAUGUAGGUCCUGGCCUCUGUAAUCUAAAGGCCCAAUGUAAAUAGUUUACGGGUAAACUUGAUUUAGUUUAAAAGUAAAUAUUUCAAAAUCCUCUCUAUUAAAAUAUUAAAAUAUCACCAAUUAAAUAAAAAAGUUUUAAUAAAAUUGUUGUUGCAUAUAUCUGAACUUAAUUUAUUGUUUAAUAUCUUUUAUAAAUUAUUUUUCAAAAUACUACAUAUAAGUUUAAAAUUUUAAAAGAUAAGUUAGUUAAACAUGUAACAUUUUUUAAAAAAUCCAUCUCAAACAGCUUUGUUUCACACCGCUUUUAAACUUGAUAAAAACAAAGUUUGUGAAGCAGUGUUCUUUGCAGUUGCUUUGCUAGAGAACCAAGUAGGACCUAGUGAAACAAUAAAUAUAUUAAGUAUAUUAUAAAAAUUAGUCAAACAUUAAAAUUACAUUAGUCUUUGUUUUUAUACUUAUCUUCUAUAUUAUACACUGACACCGACAUGUUUAAAACAAAAAUAUAGUGAAGUGCUACAAAAGGCUAGUUUUCUGGAAGUACAUAUUUUAUAUUAAAAAGCAGAAACAUUUUAACAAGAAGGUCCAUUCAAGAUGUAUUUUAAAUUAUCUUAACUUAUUAAUGAUUAUCUUUACUUAUUAAUACAAAAUUAAAACCAUCAAUAGCUAUUCUAAGCACUACUUUUUUCAAAGUAAAGAAAAUUCUCCCAAAAAUAUUUUUGCUGCUGUGAUUUAACUUAGCUUAAACAUGUGUGAUUGCUUUGAUGUGCCUAAAUUCAGUAGUUUAAAACACUUCUAGGUUGUCAGGUUGAAGAGCAUGCAAUAGCUACUGAGGCUCUUUUUUUUUUACUUACAAGACUGAAUAUGAGAUGAAGCUGCAUGUAGUUUGUCCUAGUGUUCUCUCAUCUUUCAUCUAUCUUAAAAAUAUUUCAUGAUGUGGUAACAGAAACUACAAAUCUUGUUGUGUGGACAGCUUUGUUUGAGUGGUCUACUUUAAUUUAUUUUAAUGUUGACGUAAAUAAUUUUAUGGAUUUAUUUUUCAGUCCACAUUUUUAAAAGACUCUUUUGGUUGGUAAAUGUUUCUAAGAAAUGAGUCCACAUUUCAAUUACUUAAUUUUAUUUGUAAAUUCAAUGAUUAAAAUGAGAUUUUUUAUACUUUUUUUUUUGUAAUUUAACUUGUAUGAUUUGUUAUUUUUUAGCUGUUGAAAUGUAAUAAUAAUUGAUAUUUCCCUCACUCCCUGGUUUAACAUAUAUGUAUUCCGUAACUGGGAUUUUCAGUGUAAUUAUAGAAUGUUAAGUUUAUCACAUGCAAUGUUCAAUUGUUUCAGUUGAUUAGUAAUCGAUUAAGCAAUAUUUGAAGUAAAAAUAGUUACUAUAUUAUUUUUUUAACUAAGCCUUUCACCAUUUGGUGCUAAAUCUCCAAAAUGAGUUUUGUUAAAAUAGGAAAAAGCUUUUCAGUUACUAUUUUGUGCAAACAUUUCCCACUUCUAAUAUCUAUUACUUAAAUAUUAUUUCAUUUGCAUCAGUUUAAAUAUUUGAAUUUUAAUCUAACAAUAACAUAAACUAGUUCAUUAUGUUAAAACAUUUUACAUACUUUUGAUGUAUUACUGUAUUAUAGUGAUAAAUGAUGGCAGCCUUAAUUAAUGGAUUGUAUAUUAGUAAUUAAUAAUGUGCUAAGAGAACUUAUUUUAUUUUUAAUGUUACAAAUUUUAAUAACUUUUCAACACAGUAGAAUUUAUUUUAUUUUAUAGGCAAUUAAGUUCAGGGGAUAAUUUCUAUUCAAUUUUAAAUAGGUGUAAAAGGUAAAAAAAUUAUUCAUGUACAUCAAAUUUUCUUUUAAAUAUUUAUCGAUUUCUUUUAAACAUUCUGUUAAUGUAAUUUUUGUUUUUUUAAUAUGGAAAUCUUGGUCCUAGUUAGAUAAUACUUCAUCACUAUUAGUAGUAUUUUAGUCAGUAAUUAAUAAAUCAAUUAAUUAAUAAAUCAGGGAAGAUGGGGGAAGAGAUUAUAAAUUUUUAGUUUAAAAAUUUUAAUGGUGAAUUAGUUUAGUAUUGUUUUCUUUGCUCUUAAAAAUUCUUUUACUUUCUUUGUUCUUGGUCUGUCUUGUAAAGUAAUAAUUUGGAACAAGUCUGUAAAUAUGGUGUAAAUAUUUUAACCAUAUAGGAUAUAUUGUUAUAUCCUACUGCUCCACAUUUUUGUAACAUGUUGAAUCUUAAUUGUACAGAUUGUUGUAAUGUGCAACAUGUAAAAAUAAUAAAAGUUGUAAAGCAUU